AUGAGCUGGAAAGAUCACUUGAAAACCAUUUACUUUGACCUGCACAGUCCUAUAAGUUAUGCAGGGCCUGAAAAAAUCUACAAGUUCUUGAAGAAGGAGGGCAAAUACAAAGUUGGUAUUCACGCAAUUAGACAGUGGUUACAGAAUGUGGAUGCUUACAGUUUACAGAGACCUCUGCGUUAUAAAUUCAAGACUAGAAAAGUAAUAUCUCAAGGCCUAGAUUUUCUCUGGGAUGUUGACUUGGCAGAUAUAUCUAGUUUAGCAAAAGGAAAUGAUCAAAUCAGAUACUUAUUCAUCGCUAUAGAUGUUUUCUCUCGCCAUUUGUGGGUUGUUCAGUUGAAGAAUAAACAGCACGGCUCAAUACUAGAUGGCUUUACAGAAAUACUGCAGUCAGGGCGAAAACCAAAAGAAGUCAGAACGGAUCCAGGAAGUGAAAAGAAAAACAGAUGGGUGAAGGCAUUUCUCGAUAAACAAGGAACCCAUCACUACGUGACUCGGGAUAUGACUCACGCUAACUACGCCGAAAGAAUUAUACGUACUUUAAAGGUGUUGAUAUACAGAUAUUUCACGCAUAAUCGCACGUAUUAUUAUCUUGAUAUUUUACCAGAUUUAGUCAAGAAUUACAACUCAAGGUCACAUUCUUCAUUGGGCGGGAAUCACCAAAUGAAAUUACUGAAAAAAUGA